AGCAUAGAAAAGAAAGCGUUACAAACUGAAGUGGGAUCUUCUCAUAAUAUAAUAUCUUUCUAACAUGACAUCUGCAUCAAGUGAGAUAAGUGCCUCUACUUCGCUACCAAUAAAGAAGAAGAGAAAUCUCCCAGGCCAUCCAGACCCUGAUGCGGAAGUGAUAGCCUUAUCACCAAAGAGCCUGUUGGCAACAAACCGGUUCGUUUGUGAUGUUUGCAACAAAGGGUUUCAAAGAGACCAGAAUCUGCAGCUUCAUAGAAGGGGCCACAAUCUGCCAUGGAAGCUAAAGCAAAGAAGUAACAAAGAGAUAAUAAGGAAGAAGGUGUACGUUUGUCCAGAGCCAACUUGCGUUCACCAUGACCCCUCAAGGGCACUCGGCGACCUCACCGGAAUCAAGAAGCACUUCUGCAGAAAGCACGGCGAGAAGAAGUGGAAGUGUGACAGGUGCUCCAAGCGCUACGCCGUUCAUUCAGAUUGGAAAGCUCACUCCAAAAUCUGUGGCACCCGAGAGUACAAAUGUGACUGCGGAACCAUUUUUUCUAGGAGGGAUAGUUUCAUCGCUCACAGGGCAUUCUGUGAUGCUCUAGCACAAGAGAGUACGAAAGCAAUCACAACCUUGUUCAACCCAUCAUCAUCAGUGAAGAAGGAAUUGCAAGAAGUUAAUUUAAGAUCAGAAAAUCGUCCAUUAUGGUUGUCUUACUCAACCUCGGUUGGAGGAGAAGGAAGCCAUGGAAGAGUAGUUCAUAACAAUAAUAAUAAUAAUAAUAAUAAUAAUUCAACAUUAUUAUUCUCCUCGCCGCCGCCGCCGUCGACGUCGCUGCUUUCUACAAUGAUCCACCAUGAAAACCCUAACCCUAAUAUUACUAUGUUGCCACCUAAUAAUAAUGCUUUAUUAUUUGAAGGCAUGGCUUCAUCUUAUUCUUCUUCUCAUAAUCUCAUGUCUGCUACUGCAUUGUUACAAAAGGCAUCAGAAAUAGGUGCAACGGUGUCGCUGGGUAAACCCUAUCUACAAGCUCAUCAUCACCAUCGGGGUCACGUGCCUGAAAGCACCACCACGGGGUAUGGCACCUUGUCGUCAAUGGCCACAUCUUCAUCAUCUGUUUCUGGAUUAUUGGACAUGGAUUCACGUGAAGAGAUAGGGACAGGGAUGAUGUUUGCUCGUCAUCAUCAUCAUGGCUUCUUGGCAUCUUAUGAGAGUUACAAAGCUGAUGAGCACACAAAAGAAGCUUCUCUUCUUGUUCAUAAUGAUAUGAUGGAUGGUACUAGUACCUUUGAGGAGGCUCUAAUGAGAGGAAUCAUGAAUCAUCCUACGAGAGAAGAUGCUGAUAAUAAUAGUAAUAACUUUGAUGAACUUGUUUCAAGAUCCGCGGGAUCCCGCGGCGGUGGCGGUGGCGGUGGCGGUGGCGGUGGUGUCAACGAUGAGACUAGAGAUUUUUUGGGGAUUGGGGUGUUUUCUCAGAGAGAUAUUUUCAAUAUAUCUGGUCUUCAUCAUCAUCAUUUGGAUUCUUCUUCGUAUGGCAACCAAAAUCAAAAGCAACCACCCUGGCAAGGGUAAUAUAUAUUGUAUGGAAAAUAUACUUUAAUUUGUAUAUUCAUUAUUCUGUUUAGUA